CAUAAAUUGCCCGAUGUUUUUUCCUUGAAUUAACGUUUUACCUGUCCCUCGUGGAGCAGUUAUAUAUAUACAACUGAGUUCGAUCUCGGCGACACGCUCUUGAGGCUUAGUUGCUUCCUCCUCCUUAUCCAUGAAACAGCGCCUGAAGCAGAAAAUGAAAGCAGCAAUGGCGAGCUUCCAUCAUUCACUGCUCAUCUCCAGCUCGCACCAACCCCCACUUCCGCUCUUCUCCGAAACCUCAAUCCCCAAAUCCUCUCUGCCACUUUCGCCGCCGCCGUCGUUCUUGCUCUUGAAGCGCUCGUCUUCUUCAUCUCCAUCUCCCGCCGCCAACAGCGUCAUCCGCAUUCGCUGCUCGAGAUACGGAGAAGACGACUCGUCCCUUCUCCAAGACGAUGACGUCGACGACGCUCUCGCCCCGCGGGAGCAGACCCGACAGAGAGGCGGAGGCGGUGUCGUGGGAAGCGUGAUCCAAGAAGCUUUGUCGCGGGAAAGCGGGAACUGGGUUAUCGUGUCUUCUUGCUUAGUGGGUCUCUUGACUGGCAUUAGCGUAGUGAUAUUCAACAGUGGGGUUGACGAGAUUCGCGAUUUGUUCUGGGACGGGAUACCUUCUAGGGGAGCUUCGUGGCUCAGAGAAGAGCCCAUUGAGGCUAUCUGGACGCGGGUCAUUCUUGUCCCUGCUUGCGGUGGUCUGAUCGUGGGGGUGCUGAACGCGGUUAGGAGUGGUUUAGAAGAGGUUGGUGAGGGAGGAGAUAUAGUGAAGGUCGGAUUGAGGCCAUUCCUUAAGGCUGUGGCUGCUUGUGUUACUCUAGGUACGGGGAAUUCUCUGGGCCCGGAAGGUCCCAGUGUGGAGAUUGGAGUGUCGGUAGCGAAGGGCGUUGGCAAACUGUUUGAUAAUAGUUCACAAAGAAGGCUCUCGCUUGUGGCGGCGGGGUCUGCUGCUGGAAUUUCCUCAGGUUUUAAUGCUGCUGUUGCUGGUUGUUUUUUUGCUGUGGAGUCUGUCUUGUGGCCCUCCCCAGCAGAUUUAUCCAUGUCACUUACAAAUAACACCUCUAUGGUUAUCCUCAGUGCUGUUAUAGCUUCGAUAGUAUCAGAAGUUGGUCUUGGCUCUCAACCAGCCUUCAAAGUCCCACUAUAUGACUUCCGAUCGCCUGGGGAACUCCCAUUGUAUCUUCUAUUGGGUGCCCUAUGCGGCUUGGUUUCACUGGCAUUGUCUAGAUGUACAUCAUAUAUGUUGGUCAUUGUUGACAAUAUUCAUGAAGCCACCGGAAUGCCAAGGGCUGCCUUUCCCGUAAUGGGUGGCUUAACAGUUGGCAUAAUAGCCUUGGCAUAUCCUGAAAUACUCUACUGGGGUUUUGAGAAUGUUGACAUUUUGUUGGAAUCUGGGCCGUUUGUAAAAGGUCUAUCUGCUGAUCUAUUGCUUCAACUAGUAGCUGUUAAAAUACUAGCAACUUCUCUGUGCCGCGCUUCAGGAUUAGUAGGUGGUUUCUAUGCCCCUUCCCUCUUUAUUGGUGCAGCAACUGGGACAGCGUAUGGGAAAUUAAUUAGUUCUGCACUUUCCCAGUUGAAUCCAAUAUUCCAUCUCUCCAUUUUGGAAGUGGCAUCACCUCAAGCAUAUGGCCUGGUAGGAAUGGCUGCUACUCUGGCAGGGGUGUGUCAGGUGCCUCUUACUUCAGUUCUGUUGCUUUUUGAACUGACACAGGACUAUCGGAUAGUUCUACCGCUACUUGGGGCUGUUGGAUUGUCUUCAUGGAUUACAUCUGGACAGUCCAAAAGAAGAGAUAGCAAGGACAGUAGAAAGCUAGAUGACAAGGGUGCCACAAAAACUUACAAAGGAAAUACUCCUGUAACUUCAAAAUUUGAAACUUCCGGCAACAGAAGUGAAGUACCUUCUUCUUACACACUAGUUGAAACAACUGCAAAUGCCUAUAACCUUUGUGAUGUCGAAAGUUCGCUAUGUCUGGAGGAGCCUACUACUGGAAGUGAAGAGUUGGAAGGAAAAGUUCUGGUUGCACAGGCCAUGAGGACAAGAUAUGUCAGUGUCCAAGGAAGAACUUUGCUGUCAGAAGCUGUGAGCCUCAUGCUCGCAGAGAAGCAAUCAUGUGCAGUAAUUGUUGAUGAUGACAGAAUUUUGGUCGGGCUUCUUACGCUAGAGGACAUUCAAGGAUUCAUCAGAUCUUCUACUACCAGAAGGAAAGAACCAAAGAUAUUACAGUAUGUUGACUUUUCCUCACAGGAGCUAUUAGUAUCCGAACUGUGUUCUCUUGAGGAUGGCAAAUGUCAAGUCCCCUGGACGGCAGUUCCUAGCAUGAAUCUUCUUUAUGCUCGUACAUGUAUGAAUAGGCAUGGCUUGAGCCAUGUUCCAGUUGUUUCAGAGCAGAUCAAAGAUCAUAGAGGACACCCUGUUGGUCUUUUGGACACAGAGUGCAUCAGCCUAACUUGCAGAGUUCUGGCGAUGAAAGAAUUAUUUAAAUGACAAGUUCCACUCCUGGGAUCAGUGCUUGACAAUGAUUGUCUCCUCGUGAAAUCUUUAGAUUAUAAAGCACCUAUCAUUACAAGAUGGACAAAAGGUCAUGCAUAACGCAGCACAGGCACAGACCAGAUCCCCGUUUGAAAGCAGCAAAGCAACUUCCUAGGUAGGUUUUGCUCGAUCAACAUUAAUUGUAUCUGGCCGCUUCAAUGAGUACUUCCACCAGCUAUUUUGAAACUACCUUUGGGCCUAUAAAGCUUAGGAAGAUAACAUCCACAUCCAUCUUUAUAGAAAGGCGUGGCAAGGAGUAGUCAUAAUUCAGAAAGGGACUGUUAUGGUGCCUGAAAUUCUUUAGCAGCUUGGGUAAUUUGGAAGUUGCUGAUGUUUGGGGAGUUCGACUGUAGCGGAUGUGUUCCAGUGACAAGAACGUGCAUCUCAGACGGUUCUCUAUGCCAUAAAACCCAGGAGCCGAGGAGCAGACUACGUUGUGACAACUCCAUUUUUGAAUUGCCGCGGGCUAAUAUUAGAACUCACUUGACAGUUCUGCAAAUGAGAAAUAGAAAGACACGGACAGCUGAUACUUGACAUGAAGCUCAUUAUACUUUCCAAUCACCGAUUUUUAUUUGGGUAUUCGAUAGUGGAAACAUAAAUGCAUUUUGAACAGGCACUGUAUAUAAUCAGAACAACAAUAUGGGAAGUUUCUUGUAUAUCAUCUAAUGACGUGCUACCCGCUGGAUAAGGCAAAGUUUUCCGAC